UGUGACCGGGCGGAAGUGAACCGGACCCCGUGUGUUUAUUACUAUUAUCCCAGGCAGUGUGUGCUGUUGUUCUCUCAGCGAGAGUCGCCUGACGUUAAUCGCAGUUUUGCUUUUGACAAGAUGGGACGCCGAAAGUCCAAGAGAAAGCCUCCUCCUAAGAAAAAGAUGACGGGAAACCUGGACACCCAGUUUACCUGCCCCUUCUGUAACCACGAGAAGUCAUGUGACGUUAAGAUGGAAAGGAGUCGAAACACGGGGAUAAUAUCAUGUACCGUGUGUCUAGAAGAAUUCCAGACGCCAAUAACCUAUCUCUCAGAGCCCGUGGACGUGUACAGCGAUUGGAUAGACGCUUGUGAAGCAGCCAAUCAGUAGUUUUGCUGGGUCAAAUGUCACAGACGACCAAAUUAUGCUUUGUGUUUGUUUGUUUUAAACCAAUGUAAUGAUUUUCCUUAAGAAUGAUCUUAUAUAGCCACAUAUGAAGGUUCAGGAAACUGAGAUUGUGGUUUAAAACCCAGCCUUUUCCCUUUUGUUUAGUUUUUACAGAAACGCUGAGAAAAUGCAAGGGAUGUCAUUCAUUUAAUUCAGACAUUUUUCUUUUCACUAGUUUCUUUUAGUUGUUACAAUGUAGGUUUUUAUAAGACCAUUUCGUGUCAAUAAAUAAGUUGCAUAUUCUCUCGUGUGGAAAACUGUGGUUUAUUUCUGUUGUGUUACUUUGAAUCACUUAAGAACUAAAAACGGAAAACUGUUUGGCUGUUCAUCGUUUUGGGGCCCUGAAAACGUUAACUUUUGGAAAGGGGAAUUUUUUUUAAAACGAUACUGCUAUCAUCUCUUGUAAACUACAAAAACACGAAUCUGUGAAAAUGGGGACGUCGUGUGUUACGUGUUCAGCCUAUAUGCACGUUGUUUCUUUACAAAGUUACAUCGCCAUCUACUGGCCUGGCAUGAAUAAGUUUUUAGUCAUUUUCAUGGAUCCUUUUGAACAGGGAUCAUUUAAGGGGCCAUUUUCAACUAAAAACACUUUUUAAUGCAUUUUGGGCAUUCAUUUACACAACAGCUGUGUUUUGUGGCCUGAAAAUGCAAACUUUUAGAAACUUUCUUUAAACUAUACAGUCCGCUUUAGGAUAAACUACAAAAUCAUGAAUCUGUGAAAAUGGUGACGUUAUGUGUAUUGUUCAGCCUAUAGGUGCGUUGUUUCUUUACAAAGUUACAUCGCCAUCUACUGGCCUGGCAUGAAUAAUACAGCAUUUCUAGUCGUUUUCGCGGAUCCGUGUGAACGGGAUCGUUUUGACAACGUUGUCGUUU